AUCCGGAACUGGACUUUGCUGCCCUACACAGUGAGGCUCUACUCCUGGAAGACGAGCAGCAUGGCCAAAGGGGUAUGGAUGCCAUGUGCAGUGCUACAUUUGGUGAGUCUCGACAACACUACUUUGAAUUGGAAAGAGACUCUAAAACAGGAGAUCUUGAAUGAGGUGAAAGACCAAAUGAAGGGGCUUGCCCAAGAAAUGAUGAGUGAAAUUAAAGCUCUCCUACGCCCCCCUGAACGAAAUUACACGCCCAGACAUCAUGGAUCCAUGACAAGACCACGGGUUUGUGCCCAGAGAGAUGAGUGGACCCGGGAUGGAAGGCCGAUAUGCAGACAGUGUAGGCAGGUGGGUCACAUGGCGAGGUCUUACCAAGCUGCCAGCGUCCCACAUACACCAGCUUUAAACUAGCUCCCCCUGCUGCUGAGGCCCAAGCAGUAGGGACAGCCCAGCAGGCUGGCCACCAGGGGGCCACCACGCAGUUUGUUGGGAAAUGUCCAACAAUUGAAGUUUGUGUUGGAGGAGUAACAAUGACAGGAUUGCUAGACACCGGCUCACAAGUGACGUUACUGCAACAGCAAGUCAUGGAACAACACUUCUCACAGGUUGAACAAGGGACGGCCCCUUUGGUGCUAAAGCUGAAAGCUGCCAAUGGUCUUGACAUUCUAUAUUCAGGUUAUGCCAUUGAUUUUGAGAUUCAGGGUGUACAUAUUCCAGAGAAGGGUGUUGUCAUUGUUAAGGACGACUGCUCCACCCACCCACUGCUGAUAGUCAUGAAUGUCAUUGGGGCCUGUUGGGAUGUGGUUUUUAAAAACGGAAACCUCUCUUUGUCCCCCCGACAGGAACCCCAGCAAGCAUGUCAAGAGGCUUUGGCAGAAUGUCAACCAACCGCUGUAGCCUCCGGGGAUGGGUUCCUAGGCUAUAUUUGGCCUGUUGGACGGCAGGCCAUUAAAGUACCGCCCAGAAGCGAGAUGAUUGUUUGGGGACGCGAUGGGGGAAGAACACGCAAAUCAAACUACAUUGCCCUAGUGGAGGCUACGCCAGUUGUAGAAGCCUGGGGGGUAGCUAGAACCCUAUCUGUGGUGCAAGGGGGAAGAGUCCCGGUUCGUCUUUGUAACCCCCACCCUUACCCAGUCACCAUAGGAUGGAACCAGAAGCUGGGCCGACUAUAUCAGGUGGAGGAGACUGAUGUCAAGGGGCCUCGUGACCUCAGCUUGACUAUGUGUCCGGAUGGCAUCGUGGAGGUGGGCGUGGUAGAUGUGCACCAUUUGGACUCGGAGGAGCCUACGGAAGAGGUGGGACAGGCCAGUAUUGGCCAGAAUUUGACCUCCCAACAGCAGGCUAGGCUUCAAGCUCUCCUGCAUAAGUGGAAGAAGGCUUUUGCAGAUGAUGAAGAAGAUUUUGGCCAAACGGAUUUGGUCCAGCAUCGUAUUCACACCGGAGAUGCUCCACCCAUCAAGGAGAGGUACAGACCAUCACCACCUUCAAUGUACCAGGAGAUCAAGUUGCUACUCACAGACAUGCUAGAGAAGGGUGUGGUUCAUGAGAGCUGUAGUCCCUGGGCGGCACCGAUAGUCCUGGUCAAAAAGAAAGAUGGCAGUUGGAGAUUUUGUGUGGACUAUCGCAAGCUUAAUUCUGUCACUCAUAAAGAUGCGUUUCCGCUCCCCCGUAUCGAAGAGACGUUGACCAGUCUGACCGGGGCUGAGUGGUUUUCCACGUUAGACCUAGCCAGUGGCUAUUGGCAGGUCACCAUGGACCCCAGAGGUCGAGAGAAAACGGCUUUUACCACACCUAUGGGACUCUUUGAGUUCGAGCGGAUGCCUUUUGGCCUUUGCAAUGCACCUGCUACUUUCCAGCGCCUAAUGCAACAGUGCUUGAGUGGCCACCUAGCUGAGUGUCUGCUGGUGUAUUUGGAUGAUGUGAUAAUCUAUUCAGCUGAUUUCUCCUCUCACCUGCAGCAUUUGGACGAGGUUUUCCAGAGGCUGGUGCAGCAUGGGCUCAAACUCUGAAGAGACAAGUGCAAGUUAUUUCAACAUGAGGUGAAGUUCCUGGGGCAUGUGGUCGAUAAGGCGGGGGUAAGACCAGAUCCGGAGAAAACAUCUGCAGUUGUAAAUUGGCCAGUACCGUCCACUGUGCGGGAGGUUAGAGCUUUCCUCGGUUUGGCCGGCUAUUAUAGACGCUUCGUGCCCAAUUUUGCUAAGAUCGCCCACCCCAUAACAUCACUUCUGACUGGCAUUCCUGUCAAGAGGUCCACCAUUUCAAUACAGUGGACCCCAGAAUGCCAAAUUGCAUUUUAACAACUGAAGGCUGCGUUGACCCAGCCCCCUGUUUUGGCCUAUGCUGACUUCACCAAGCCUUUUGUUGUUUAUACAGAUGCCAGCAAUCAAGGUCUUGGUGCUGUCCUGGCUCAAGUACAGGAGCAUCAGGAACGUGUGAUCACCUGCGCCAGCCGGAGCUUGCACCCAACGGAGAAAAAUGAUGCGAACUAAAAACUGGAACUGUUGGCACUGAAAUGGGCAAUUACUGAAAAAUGAAAGGACUAUCUGACUGGAGCAAAAU